AGGAUUCUUUCCACCGACGAUGCUGUUGGAACGAACUUAUAAUACUACCCCUGAUGAUUUUUGCCCAUGAGGCUGUUGGGCCGGUGAUUUUUGCGGGCUUAAUUCGUGUGGACUCUACUCCCGACCCAUUCACAGAUGAAGGACCCGAUUCGAAGCCGGUCUAGCCUCACCGGCGGUGACGAUAUCAUCGUCGACCAGCGGCACCAAUGGCAAAGCAGCAGCUUGAUAAGGAGACGGGCGGAAAAGUCAAGGCUCUUCCCCGCCUCCGCCCGCCCCGGCAUCCAACCGUCAGUGUCAGAAUCUAAAUUGUUCAUCUCUGCGUCAUUCCUUCCGUUGCCUUUAAACCUUCGCUCUCUCUCUCUCUCUCUCUCUAAAAUCGGAUUCUCAGUGCCUGCAUCUCCAAUCAAAUCCUAGGGCUCAAUCAACCGAUGCCACCAUACCUUCGAGUCUCUAAUCGCUGCCCGUGCGGUUGUAUUUGCAAGCGACUCGUUCGUUGCACGUGCUUGGAUUGUUGAGCUUCCCUUUCUCCUUGUGAAUGGACCUGUCGAAUUCUUCAUCGACUCUCUCCCUGGGGUUUAGCCAGUUGCCCGAUGAUUCGGCCUCGCUCCAGCGCGACCGGAAGCAACCGAUCCCUCUUCAAUUGCUCGAGCCGCGGGCCCGAAGCCCGGAGAACAACGGCGCCGCGGCCGCGGAGAAUGGAGAGGAUGAGGACGACUCGGACGUUGAGGAGUUCCGCAUUUUGGGCCACUGCAUCAAACGGAGAAGAGAAAGUGAGCCGGCGUCUUCUUCCGCCAGCUCCUGUAAAAGGAUUCCGAUCGCUGCUGCGGAUGUGGAGGAGAGAAGAGCUGCGAUUAGGUCGUGGGGGAACGAAUCGAUUAGCGAGGCAGACCCUGAUCUUUUCGAGAUAAUGGAGAGGGAGAAGAACAGGCAAGCCAAGGGAAUCGAAUUGAUUGCCUCGGAGAAUUUCGUGUGUAAAGCGGUUAUGGAAGCGCUCGGUAGCCACUUAACAAAUAAGUACUCGGAAGGGUUGCCUGGUGAGCGGUACUAUGGUGGGAAUCAGUACAUCGAUGAGAUUGAAACUCUUUGUCAGGAGCGUGCAUUGGCAGCUUUUGAUUUGGAUUCUGAGAAUUGGGGAGUGAAUGUACAGCCGUACUCCUGCACUUCCGCGAAUUUCGAGGUUUACACGGGACUUUUGCUUCCUGGGGAUCGGAUCAUGGGGUUGGAUACACCGUCAGGUGGAAAUACUAGCCACGGGUGCUAUAUGCCUGAUGGAAGGAAAGUCUCUGGGGCAUCGAUAUUCUUCGAGAGUUUGCCUUAUAAGGUCAACCCCCAGACUGGGUACAUUGAUUUUGAUAAACUUGAGGAGAGGGCAAUGGAUUUUCACCCUAAGAUUCUUAUUUGUGGGGGAAGUUCGUAUCCUCGUGAAUGGGACUAUGGUAGGUUUAGGCAGAUUGCAGACAAGUGCGGUGCUGUAUUGAUGUGUGACAUGGCUCAAGUCAGUGGUCUUGUUGCAGCUAAGGAAUGUGCAAGUCCUUUUGACUACUGUGAUAUUGUUACCUCAACAACUCACAAAAGUCUUCGAGGUCCUAGAGGAGGUAUAAUUUUUUACCGGAAGGGUGCAAAACCAAGGAAAAGAGGAACCCCUCCACCUCAAGGAAAUGAAAUUGAGUACUACAACUUUGAGGAGAAGAUAAACUUUGCUGUUUUCCCAUCGCUCCAGGGAGGUCCACACAAUAACCACAUUUCUGCUCUUGCAAUAGCUUUAAAGCAGGUAGCGACCCCAGGAUUUAAGGCUUAUAUGCAGCAGGUAAAGAAAAAUGCUCAGGCAUUAGCUUCUGCUUUACUGAGAAGAAAAUGCAGGCUUGUGACAGGAGGCACGGAUAACCAUUUAUUGCUCUGGGAUCUAAGGCCUCUUGGAUUAACUGGUGGGAACUAUGAGAAAGUCUGUGAGAUGUGUCACAUAACUCUCAAUAAGAUAGCGAUCUUUGAUGAUAAUGGCACCAUUACCCCCGGUGGAGUAAGGAUCGGUACUCCUGCUAUGACAACGAGGGGUUGUCUGGAGAGUGAUUUCGAGAUAAUUGCUGACCUUCUUCUCAAAGCUGCCCAAAUUGCCAGCACAAUCCAAAGGGGGCACGGCAAGCUGCAGAAGGCUUUUCUAAAGGGUCUUCAGAGCAAUAGGGAGAUUGUUGAGCUUCAAAAUCGUGUAGAGGCCUUUGCAAGCCAGUUUGCCAUGCCAGGUUUUGACUUCUGAAUGGUUCUAUUGGUUUGAGGAUGCUCUCUUAAUGCAGCAUCAAGCUGUUUGUAAUGUGCAUCGAGUAUUUUGAGAAUUUAGUUGUUUAUAUGUCAAAUUGGUGGCACGGACAUUAAUGGUGCAAGAUGUUGCUUGUGUCACUGCGGGAAAGAACAAAACAUCAGGGAUCUUUAUAUUUAUCUGGGAAAGGUGGAGGUUUUGUGCCACGUGCAUGAGGCAGAGGGAACUUAAAGAUUUGUGUCGGCCAGUUGCAAGCUUUUGGCAGCCUCUGGUCUCUCUUUCCAUGGACAUUACACAGAGAGCAGAGGAUUCCCAGCUUUACAGCCGAUGCCUUACAACAUUGUGGCCAUUGCUUUAGAGGGGGAUUGCGUUAUGCUGAUUUGUUUAUAUCGAUGGUCCCUCUUUACUUCAUGCUGCUGCCUCGUUCCUGCUGAAGUGGAACCAGUUCGCUGGACUUUUUGCUCCUUAUGUAUAGGCUUCCACGGUGUUGAAUAAAUUGAUGGAGUAAGUUGGACGAAUGAGUGGUGAUUUACUUCUCAGAGCAAUUGGGACCAUGUAAGGUCAGCGUGGUAGGGAGAAGGACCUGUGAGGGCUGGGCCCUAGCUUUUUGUCUGGUUUUUGUCCGUACAUUACGAUUAGCAAGUGUAAACAGCUAAGGUUUGUACACAUGACCUACUGGCGUUGAGAUUUUAGCAUAUCGAAGCGGGUCUUUGUCUUUUAAAGGCAGUGACAGUUUUUCGAUCAAAAAAAAUAAAAAAAGGCAGUGCCAGUUUAAUUGGCCCCCGCUUCCAGGUUGCUCCUGUAGGAGUUGUUUUAAAAGAUUCAGUGCAGUCACCUUAAAUA